AUCUCCUUUCACCAUGAGGCCAGAAAUCGAACAGGAAUUGUCCCACACCUUGUUAACAGAAUUGUUAGCUUACCAGUUUGCCUCUCCAGUCAGAUGGAUUGAAACCCAGGAUGUCUUCUUGAAGCAACACAACACCGAGAGAGUUGUAGAAAUCGGUCCUUCGCCCACUUUGGCAGGUAUGGCCUCCAGAACCAUCAAGGCCAAGUACGAAUCGUAUGAUGCCGCUCUUUCCUUGCAAAGACAGGUCUUGUGCUACUCCAAGGAUGCUAAGGAAAUCUACUACACUCCUGAUCCAGCCGAUAUUGCCCCUCCAGCCAAAGAAGAAGCUCCAGCUCCAGCUGUUACACCAGCUGCUGCUGCUCCAGUUGCUGCUGCUCCAGUUGCCGCUGCUCCAGUUGCUUCUGCUGGCCCUGCCGCUGCUAUUCCAGACGAGCCAGUCACCGCCAAGUUGUUGUUGCACGUGCUUGUAGCCCAGAAGUUGAAGAAGCCUUUGGAUGCCGUGCCUAUGUCCAAGGCCAUCAAGGAUUUGGUCAACGGUAAGUCUACUGUACAGAACGAAAUCUUGGGUGACUUGGGUAAGGAAUUCGGCUCUACUCCAGAAAAGCCAGAAGACACUCCAUUGGAAGAGUUGGCUGAACUGUUCCAGGACACUUUCAACGGCCAAUUGGGUAAGACUUCUUCCUCUUUGUUAGGUAGAUUGAUGUCGUCAAAGAUGCCAGGUGGUUUUUCCAUCACUGUUGCCAGAAAGUACUUGGAGUCCACUUAUGGUUUGGGUGCUGGUAGACAAGAUUCUGUCUUGUUGUUGGCCUUAACCAACGAACCAGCUGCAAGAUUGGCAUCUGACGCUGAGGCCAAGUCCUUCUUAGACUCCAUGGCUACCAAGUACGCUGGUAUCGCUGGUAUUUCCUUGAGUUCCGGUGCUUCAGGUGCUGGCUCUGGCGGUGCUGGUGCCGGAGGAGCUGUUGUAGACUCUGCUGCUUUAGACGCCUUGACUGCUGAAAACAAGAAGUUGGCUAAACAACAAUUGGAAGUCUUGGCCAGAUACUUGCAAGUCGAUUUGAACAAGGGAGCCAAGUCUUUCAUCAAAGAAAAGGAAGCUACUGCUGUGUUGCAGAAGGAGUUGGACUUGUGGGAAGAAGAGCAUGGCGAAUUCUACGCCAACGGAAUUAAACCCUCUUUCUCCGCUAAGAAGUCCAGAACAUAUGACUCGUACUGGAACUGGGCUAGACAAGACGUUUUGUCUAUGUACUUUGACAUCAUCUUUGGCAAGUUGACCUCUAUUGACAGAGAAACAAUUGACCAAUGUAUCCAGAUCAUGAACAGAUCCAACCCAACCUUGAUCAAGUUCAUGCAAUACCACAUCGACCAUUGCCCAGAAUACAAGGGAGAAACAUACCAGUUGGCCAAGAAGUUGGGUCAACAAUUGAUCGACAACUGUAAGCAAACUGCCACUGCAGACCCUGUUUACAAGGAUGUAGCCAGAAUUACUGGUCCUAAGACAACCGUAGAUGCUAAGGGUAAGAUUGUCUACGAAGAAGUUGAAAAGGAUGCCGUUAGAAAGUUUGAACAGUACGUCUACGAAAUGGCUCAGGGUGGUAAGAUGACUAAGAUCGAACAGCCUACAAUCAAAGAAGACUUGGCAAGAGUCUACAGAGCUAUCAGUAAGCAGGCUUCUAAGGCCAACAAAUUGGAACUUCAGAAGUUGUACGACGAGUUGAUCAGUCAUGUUGAGGCUUCUUCUGAGAUCGAAACCCAGCAGUCUACAAAGUCUAUCUUACAAGCUGCUACUGGUACUUCGACUCCGGUUGAUGAAGACGAGUUGUCUACUGCUUCUGACGAUGACGAAAUCGCCUCAUUGCCAGACAGAACUUCUAUCUUACAACCUGUCUCGUCUACCAUUCCUAACGAAACCAUUCCUUUCUUGCAUAUUCAGAGAAAGACCAAGUCUGGCUGGGAGUACGACCGUAAGUUGUCAUCUGUCUACUUAGACGGUUUGGAAUCGGCUGCUAUCAACGGUUUGACCUUUAAGGACAAGUAUGUAUUGCUUACCGGUGCUGGUUUCGGUUCCAUUGGUGCUGCCAUCUUGCAAGGUUUGCUUUCUGGUGGUGCCAAGGUGAUUAUCUCAACUUCGAGAUUCUCCAAGAGCGUGACCGAGUAUUUCCAGAACAUGUAUGCUAGAUACGGUUCUACUGGGUCGAUCUUGACCGUUGUUCCAUUCAACCAGGGUUCGAAACAGGAUGUAGAGGCUUUAGUGAACUACAUUUACGACGACCCAAAGAAGGGUGGUUUAGGAUGGGACUUGGAUGUAAUUAUUCCAUUCGCUGCUAUCCCAGAAAACGGUAACGGUUUGGACAACAUUGACUCCAAGUCUGAGUACGCUCACAGAAUCAUGUUGACCAACUUGUUGAGAUUGUUGGGAGCUGUCAAGUCGAGAAAGACAACUGACACUAGACCAGCUCAAUGUAUCUUGCCUUUGUCGCCUAACCACGGAACUUUUGGUUUCGAUGGUUUGUACUCCGAGUCCAAGAUCUCAUUGGAAACCUUGUUCAACAGAUGGUACUCUGAAGACUGGGGAACCAAGUUGACUAUCUGUGGUGCCAUCAUUGGUUGGACCAGAGGUACUGGUUUGAUGGGAGGCAACAACAUAAUUGCUGAGGGCAUUGAAAAGUUGGGAGUCAGAACCUUCUCGCAAAAGGAAAUGGCUUUCAACAUCUUGGGUUUGAUGACUCCUGCCAUUGUACAGUUGUGUCAAGAAGAGCCAGUGAUGGCCGACUUGAACGGUGGAUUGCAGUUUAUCGAGAACUUGAAGGAAUUCACUUCCAAGUUGAGAGCUGACUUGACUGAAACUGCUGAAGUCAGAAGAGCUGUUUCCAUCGAAACAUCCAUUGAACAAAAGGUAGUUAACGGAGACAAUGUUGAUGCCAACUACUCCAAGGUCACUGUACAGCCUAGAGCCAAUAUGAAGUUCGACUUCCCUACCUUGAAACCUUACGAAGAGAUCAAGAAGAUUUCUCCAGAUUUAGAAGGCAUGUUGGACUUGUCCAGUGUCAUUGUCGUCACCGGUUUCUCUGAAGUUGGUCCAUGGGGUAAUGCCAGAACCAGAUGGGAGAUGGAAUCCAAAGGUGAGUUCUCUUUGGAAGGUGCCAUCGAAAUGGCUUGGAUUAUGGGUUUGAUCAAGUAUCACAAUGGUAACUUGAAGGGUAAGCCAUACUCCGGCUGGGUAGACGCUAAGACACAAGUUCCUGUUGAUGACAAGGACAUCAAGGCCAAGUAUGAAGAACAAAUUUUGGACCAUUCCGGUAUCAGAUUGAUCGAGCCAGAAUUGUUCCACGGCUACGAUCCAAAGAAGAAGCAGAUGAUCCAGGAAGUCGUUAUCCAACACGACUUGGAGCCUUUUGAAACUUCCAAGGAAACUGCUGAACACUACAAGCACGAACACGGUGACAAAUGUGAGAUCUUUGAGAUCGAAGAAUCUGGGGAAUACACAGUCAGAAUCUUGAAGGGUGCUACGUUAUACGUGCCAAAGGCUUUGAGAUUUGACAGAUUAGUCGCUGGACAAAUUCCUACCGGUUGGAACGCCAAAACCUACGGUAUUCCAGAAGACACUAUUUCGCAAGUUGAUCCUAUCACCUUGUACGUCUUGGUUUCAACUGUUGAAGCUUUGCUUUCUGCUGGUAUUACUGACCCUUACGAGUUCUACAAGUACGUCCAUGUUUCUGAAGUUGGUAACUGUUCUGGUUCUGGUAUGGGUGGUGUCACUGCCUUGAGAGGUAUGUUCAAAGACAGAUACGCCGACAGACCUGUUCAGAACGAUAUUUUGCAAGAGUCUUUCAUCAACACCAUGUCUGCUUGGGUUAACAUGUUGCUUCUUUCGUCUUCUGGUCCUAUCAAGACUCCCGUUGGUGCUUGCGCUACAGCUGUUGAAUCGGUUGACAUCGGUAUUGAAACUAUCUUGUCUGGCAAGGCUAAGAUCUGUAUUGUAGGUGGUUACGAUGAUUUCCAGGAAGAAGGUUCUUACGAAUUCGCCAACAUGAACGCUACCUCCAAUUCAUUGGAAGAAUUUGAACACGGCAGAACUCCUAAGGAAAUGUCCAGACCUUCCACCACCACCAGAAACGGUUUCAUGGAAGCCCAGGGAUCUGGUAUCCAGGUCAUUAUGACAGCUGACUUGGCUCUUAGAAUGGGUGUUCCUAUUCAAGCCGUUUUAGCUAUGACCGCUACUGCAUCCGACAAGAUCGGUAGAUCGGUUCCAGCACCAGGUAAGGGUAUUUUGACCACUGCCAGGGAACACCACGGUGACUUGAAGUACCCAUCGCCUUUGUUGAACAUCAAGUACAGAUCCAGACAGUUGAAGCAGAGAUUGGAUCAGAUCAAGAUCUGGGAAGAGUCAGAAAUCAACUUCUUGAACGACGAAGCCGUGUUGGCCAAGGAACAGUACGGUGCUGAAUUCUCCAUCAAGGAUUUCUUGCGUGAGAGAACUGAAGAAAUCCACCGUGAAUCCAAGCGUCAAGUCUCAGAUGCUAAGCAACAGUGGGGUAACAACUUCUACAAGUCGGACCCAAGAAUUGCUCCAUUAAGAGGUGCUUUGGCUGCUUUCAACUUGACUAUUGAUGAUUUGGGAGUUGCUUCUUUCCACGGUACUUCUACUGCUGCCAACGAUAAGAACGAAUCUAUCACCAUUAAUGCCAUGAUGAAGCACUUGGGUAGAUCUGAAGGUAACCCCGUCUUUGGUGUGUUCCAGAAGUACUUGACCGGUCAUCCUAAGGGAGCUGCUGGUGCUUGGAUGUUGAACGGUGCCAUCCAGAUUUUACAAUCUGGUAUUGUUCCAGGCAACAGAAACGCCGAUAACGUUGACAAGGUUAUGGAAGGCUUUGAAUAUGUCUUGUACCCAUCCAGGUCGAUUCAAACUGAUGGUAUCAAGGCUGUUUCUGUCACUUCGUUCGGUUUCGGUCAGAAGGGUGCCCAAGCCAUUGUUGUUCACCCAGACUACUUGUUCGCUGUAUUAGAUCAAGCCACAUACGAAGAGUAUGCAUCCAAGGUCUCUGCCAGAAACAAGAGAACUUACAGAUACAUGCACAAUGCCAUUACUCGUAACACCAUGUUUGUUGCCAAGGAUAAGGCUCCUUACGACGACGACUUGGAACAGCCAGUUUACUUGGACCCAUUGGCUCGUGUUGAAGACAACAAGAAGAGUUUGACCUUCAGCAAGAAGGGAAUCCAAAGCAACAAGGCCUAUGUUGGCUCUGUAGCUGAUGCCACUGCUAAGGCUUUGUCUACUUUAAACAAGUCCUCUAAGGGUGUAGGUGUGGAUGUCGAGUUGCUUUCUGCUAUCAACUUGGAAAAUGAAACCUUUGUUGAAAGAAACUUCACUGCUGCUGAAGUCGCUUACUGCACCAAGUCGUCUUUCCCUCAAGCCUCUUUCACCGGUACCUGGUCUGCCAAGGAAGCCGUGUUCAAGGCUUUGGGAGUCAAGUCGCAAGGUGCUGGUGCCUCUUUGAUUGACAUCGAGAUUGUUCGUGACGGCAAUGGAGCUCCUAAAGUUGUUUUGAACGGUACUGCCAAGGCUGCUGCUUCCAAGGCUGGAGUCAAGAACGUUUCUGUUUCAAUUUCCCACGAUGACUUCCAAGCUACUGCUGUUGCCUUGAGUGAGUUUUAGGUAGAUAGAAGAUUAGUUUAUUAAUCGCAAGUGAUUCUAUUUUUGAUUAAAAGGAGAGUAGAGUGCUGAGAGUAGACAGAGAAGUCAAUGUAAGCAAUAGAACAAGAGAUUGAACAUGUCUUUCGAGGAAUUCCAAAGCGUAUAUGAUGUAAUAUGUUCUGUAUUCAAGAAUCAGGGAAUAGCAUAGUUCAUACAUCACUUGUAUCCUAUAAUUCACUGUAUAAGUCACAGCCACUAAUUCUCCUAUAUAAAUGCUCUCGUUAUGUAUGAGAAGAUCAGAUCCGAGAAAGAGAUAAAAUCGACACUUGAUAUAUACACCAAUUUAUUUUCUUAUGACCCCCUAUACUUAUGCCGUUUGAUAACCGAUACAAAGUUUGUAAAUAACAUGAAUUCAUACUAU